AUGCCUACCUCAAGACUCCCACAAGCUUCCAAUCAGGAAGGAAAGAUUCUUUUGGCUCUUCAAGCAUAUAAGAAGGGCCAAGUCUCAAGUCUGCGAAAAGCUUCUGUGUUAUAUGAUGUUCCCCAUUCCACAUUACACGAUCGAUUGAAAGGCCGUACGACGCGAGAGCAUGCGCAGGAAAGGAAUCGAAAACUGUCUGUUACUGAAGAAAUAACUCUUACCCAGUGGAUACUAUCCAUGGAUGAGCGAGGAAAGCCCCCCCGAGUUGCAACCGUACGAGAAAUGGCAAAUGUCCUUCUUGCCAAACGCGAUGAAUCCACUACUCCACCUACAGUUGGCAAAUGCUGGGUAAAUGGUUUCAUGAGACGCAAUGAGCUUGAAUCCAAAUUUUCACGCAAGUACGACUACAGGCGAGCCCUAUGUGAAGAUCCCAAGAUUAUUCGAGAAUGGUUUAAGCUCG